AUGCUCGAGCGCGCAGGGUUUGUGGGCCCUGGUGAAGGUGAAUUCUGGCAUGGCAUGAUCAAUCAGAGCGCCGACGCUAUGCGAGAUAGCUGCAUCGCAAGUGGCAGAAACUGGAUCAAAGGCCCAGAGUCAACUUUCGAGGGCGAGGCGGACGCCCGAUUCUCCGAUAAGGCAGAUUCGAAACUGGGUGGGAAGAUCCUCCUGAAUCCGAACCCGAAGGCCGCUCUUCAGAAAGACCUUUUCUAUGUGUCAAGCCCAUUCUUUAGUCAAACGGGUGGCGUGAAGUAA